AUGAUACGUCUUCUCACCCGCGAACUUAGCCUCUGCUACGGCUUCGUGCGGAGGGAUCUAGGGACCGGCCUCCUCCCGGUGCCGUUAUUCACCCUGGCCUCGCUCCUGUACCGUCGCGCACCACGCGCAGAGAUAGCUCCAGCCAUCGCCCACGCCUUCCUCUUCGGCUUCCUCUACCUCUACACCUUCGUCGUCUCCAACCAAAUCACCGGCGUCCGCGAAGACCGCGUCAACAAGCCCGACCGUCCCAUCGCCUCGGGGGUGGAAUCCCUCUCCGCAGCAAAGACCCGCUACUGGCUUCUUACUGCCUUGUAUCUCGUCCUGGGACACUACCUUGGUGUGACUAUCUGGACACUUCUGUGGAUCGGCACCACGAUCGCGCACAACCCUUUAGGGUUCUCGAACUUCGGGCCCACGAAGGAUCUGUGCAUGGGUCUGGGGUGUAUCGCGCAGUUGAAGGCGGCGUGGACGAUCGGUGGGGCGCCCGCGGCCAUGGGGUGGUACUGGACCAAGGUGAUUGCUCUCUACAUGCUGUGGCCGAUUCCGUUGCAGGAUCUGCGCGAUGUUCCUGGGGAUUUGGCGGCGGGCCGACGCACGACGCCCAUUUUGCUGGGGGAUUUUGCGGCGCGGGUGUAUAUCUCGGUGGGCAUUGUGGUGUCGCAGUACUUGUUGAUCUACCAUCGGAUCUUGGAGUAUCGAUGCGACACUUCCACUGUUGCGACGGCGGUGGCGCUGGGGCUGAUGACGAUCGGGUGCAUCUUUCGGCUGUUCGCCUUCCGGUCGCUGACGAGUGAUCGGUUCUCGUACUGGCUGUAUACUGUCAUCUACGUGUGUCAGCCUCUGGCUGCAUGCGUGACCUUGCGGUGA